AGAUAUAGGCUUUAAUAGAGAUUUAGGCUCUAAUAGAGAUUCAGGCUCUAGUGGAGAUUCAGGCUCUAGUGGAAAUUUAGACUUUAAUAGGGAUUCAAGCUCUAAUGGGGAUUCAGGUAAUGAGAAUUUAGAUUUUAAUAAUGGGGUUUCGAGUUCAAAUAAGGUCUUGAGGUCUAAUAUGGAUUUAGGUUCUUGUUCUUAA